GGCCCACUUAUGGUCGUCCAGAGGUCUUGUUUUCCUGACUACGGGCUCUUGCUUUUUGGUAGCAUCACGGGUCAAUAGCGGCAGAUUGCUCUGCACGUCUUCAGCGGUAUUUUCGUGCGUGCAGUGGUAGCAUUUAGCUUUGUUGAGCAGUCAUGGCUAUGGUGGGGCUGAGAGCUUCUUACCACAGAAUCCUCGACAGGAUCGAGCAUAUGCUGCCGGCUAAACUGAGACCCAUUUAUAACCAUCCUGCAGGUCCAAAGACUGUUUUCUUCUGGGCACCAAUGUUUAAAUGGAGUCUGGUCAUAGCUGGCAUAGCAGACAUGACACGUCCAGCAGAGAAACUCAGUCCCUCCCAAUCUGCUGUGUUGACUGCCACAGGUCUUAUUUGGUCCAGGUAUUCCUUGGUUAUUAUACCAAAGAAUUGGAAUCUCUUUGCUGUAAACUUCUUUGUUGGAAGUGCAGGAAUAUCACAGCUCUACAGAAUAUGGAAGUAUAACCAGGAACAGAAGGCAAAGGAGAAAGAAGCUAAGCUUGAUAGCAGUGCUGUGUAAAGGGCAUCCAGAGGACUGAAAGGGACUCUCCUCGACUGGUACCCCAGAAACUUCCCCUCCAUCAACAGUCCUCCAGUAGAGCCUCCACAUACUUUCUUCAUGAACAGAGAUCAUCUGAUUCUUUUAUAGUUCAGGUCAUUGUCCCGUGCCACUAGUACCUAUAGCAACAACUAAUACGGUUGUUAAUAACGCACAAAAUGUUACAUAUUCAUAUUAGUAUGACUGUACAUUUUUUAAAAGGGUUGAGAUUCAGAUGCAUCUUGAUAAAGGUGUUUUCCAUCAAAUAUACUUGAGUUACCGUCAUAAUUCUUGCCACUGAAUGAAUUUCUUCACUUUGCUUCUGUCAUACUGUUACCAGAAUGUCUCCAAAUACAUUUUAGAAAAGUCUGUUUCAUUAAAUGCAUUCUUUAGGAAAUAUUUAUUAGACAACUGUAAUGCAUUUUAUUAUUAUAAUUUUUUUUUUUUUUUUUAAUUUUUACAUAUAACAUUAAAUUGUUUCGUCAUAACCCAUAUAUUGCAAAAUACUCACUGAACUGAACUGUAAUAUUGGGAAUUUUUAAUUAACAUCAAAAUGAAGUAAUAUUAAAAACAAACUUAUUAUAAUCAUCUUGCCCUUAUAAUCAAGUGUACUGUUCAUCUGUUCACUAGUUAUUCAUCUUCAUCCACCAUUAUCAAUAAAUCAAAUAAAGUACUUAUUUGAAACAGUUAA